ACCUAUUAUUGGGUUACAGUAUGCAUUAGUGAGACUGUUUUCAUUUAAUUAUCGGGCGUUGUGAGCCAGACGGAAUAAUGCAUGUGCAAACAGAACCAAGACAGUCUUACAUUUCAUGCAUUUGAGUAUAAUUUAAAUCAUAUUUGUUUGAUUUUGAAACAUGUAUUUAAAUUUUUCAUGCAACUGUUUGCAUGCUAUUCCUAAAAUUGUCUAGGAGUCUUUUGUGUCUAUUGCAGGCCUUAUAAUCAAGUUACAGAGCAGAAUGAUUCAUCAGGAGCAGGCCAGGCUGUUUUAUUUAGUGUCAUCAUCAUUGUACUAGCAGAAGCAGGAGCAUGGCAUGCUGUUUAUCAACUAUUAGGGUUUAAAAUGUGAAGCCAUAUGCCCAGACGAAGCUCUUGAAUAAAAGUGUUUGCAUAGACAAAACCACAGUUGUGCUGUGCUAGCACAUGGCCGUGAACUAAUAUUACUUCAGGUAAUUUGUACUGUAAAAUGCUUUUUUGGCUGGGAGUAUCAUGAAAGACUGUUACAUAAAAGUAUUAGCAUUUAGCUCCAGUUAUGCAGAAAUUCUCCCUAUAUUCCAGUUCUGUAUAAAUUAGAAAAUAAAUACUGUUUAUGUAGAAAAAAAUCUAUAAUCUAUCACUAUAGAAAAGUAAAAUGGUAGGAAUACAGUUGUAAAAAAAUAUUGUGCAUUUUAUUAUGCAUUUAAUAUUAUGCAUUUGUAUUUACACAUAUUUUUGUAUGUGUGUGUGUUUCUUUUUUUUUUUCACUGAAAAAAUGAACACAAACCUGUUUCUUUCUUUCUUUGUAGCUGAUGUCAUUUCUACAGUGGAGUUUAACCAGACGGGGGAUCUGCUGGCCACAGGAGAUAAGGGGGGGCGAGUGGUCAUCUUCCAUAGAGAAACAGAGUCUAAAAGUGAAUCUGAAGAGCUGGGAGAAUCGGGUGAGUAUAAUGUCUACAGCACGUUCCAGAGUCACGAACCGGACUUUGACUAUCUGAAGAGUUUGGAAAUCGAGGAGAAGAUCAAUAAGAUCCGCUGGCUGCCACAGCAAAACGCUGCCCACUUUCUCCUCUCUACCAACGAUAAAACUAUAAAGUUAUGGAAGGUGAGCGAGAGAGACAAGCGGCCAGAGGGCUACAAUCUGAAGGACGAAGAAGGGCGAAUAAAGGACAUCUCCACCGUGACCUCACUACAGGUGCCGGUCCUGAAGCCCACUGACCUGAUGGUUGAGGUGCGGCCGAGGAGAAUCUUUGCCAACGGCCACACCUACCACGUCAACUCCAUCUCAGUCAAUAGCGAUGGCGAGACAUAUCUGUCUGCUGAUGAUCUCAGGAUCAACAUGUGGCACCUGGAUAUCACAGAUCGAAGCUUCAACAUUGUGGACAUUAAGCCGGCUAAUAUGGAGGACCUGACGGAGGUAAUAACAGCUGCAGAGUUCCACCCACAGCACUGCCACCUGUUUGUAUACAGCAGCAGUAAAGGCACGCUACGCCUCUGUGACAUGAGAGAGUCUGCACUCUGUGACAAGCACUCCAAAAUCUUUGAGGAGCCAGAGGACCCAGGCAAUCGAUCUUUCUUUUCUGAGAUCAUCUCGUCGGUUUCUGAUGUUAAGUUCAGCCAUAGUGGACGCUAUCUGCUCACCAGAGACUACUUGACUGUCAAAGUAUGGGACCUCAACAUGGAGAAGGGCCCAGUCGAGACCUACCAGGUGCAUGAGUACCUAAGAGGCAAACUCUGCUCUUUGUAUGAAAACGACUGCAUCUUUGACAAGUUUGAGUGUGUCUGGAAUAGCACAGACAGUGUAAUCAUGACAGGAGCAUAUAACAGUUUUUUCCGGAUGUUUGAUCGUGAGACCGGUCGCGGUGUAACCCUCGAGGCAUGGCGUGAGAGCAGUAAACCGCGUGCCGUGCUGCGGACUCGCCGCGUUUACACCGGGGGCCGGCGUCGCCGGGGGGACGUGGGCGUGGACAGUCUGGACUUCUCUAAAAAGAUUCUGCACAUGGCUUGGCACCCGGCUGAAAACAUCAUCGCCAUCGCAGCCACUAACAACCUCUAUAUCUUUCAGGACAGGGUCAAUGCGGAAAACCAGUGACAAGAGUCAUGUAACGGGGUAAUGCAGUAAUGCUCUUCACAGGGCCACACACACCAACAUGCAUUUAAAUCAUGCACAUGUAUUACAUUUAUCCUUCAAAACAAACAUUAUUGGUCCUGUGAAGAUGGGCGUAGUUGGCGGACUAUGUUUGCAGUUAUGCUGUUCCAGGAGAGCAGUUAUAUAUACAGGUAGCUAGUGACUUUAACUGAUAACUGUUUGGUUAAUUACACCGCCAAGAAUGUUACCAAUGAGCUACAGAAUGUGGAAUUUAUGAUUGGCAUCACAGUCAGCCAAUCCUGGACUUCUUUGAUAUGUGAUGGAUGGUGUUGCCGGCCAAUCCCUGACUGCGCUGAUCUGUGAUUGACAGCUGUUUGGAUAAAGGCUGGUGCCUUUGGGCUGAAGACCAGGAAUGAGACCGCUCCACUCCUCUGUGCCAGGCUGCCAUGGAGACAGGUUACUCAGUUACCAUGGUAACAAGAGUGCUCCAAGCAGUCUUCCUAUCACGUGCUUCCCAAAAACCUAUCCCACAAUGCAUCUGCUACACGGGCACUCAUUUUACUUCACGCUUAAUUGACCAUUUGUGGAGACUUGAUUGCCUAUACGACCGUAUCACUAUAUCUCACACUUGAAGGCUUGUCUGGUGUCUUCUAUCAGAAGGAUUGAACCACUACUUCAUCAAAACACUGUCUUAACCUGGUUACACCUCAUGAUGGGUUAUAUUUACACAUGUAUGGUACUAAAAGUAUCGGUCUGUCUCUCAAAUAAAAAAUACAAUAAGGGUAUAUCACACUGCUAACACGCUUUAAAAAAAAAGUCUCCUGUAAUGUACACGAGUCAGGAACUCAGGAUCAAACUCUGAUCUGGUUUCUGGUUACGCAGGAAGCACUGCCUUUUUAUUCAUGAUUGUAGCUACUAUACAGAUCCCUCAAAAAGAAAUUUAAGCAGUCAAAAUUUUCCUACAAAAAGUGCAGAAAGACAUGGAAAUUAGUUGGUUAUCAAAUCAGGCAAGUGAUUUACCACAAACAAUAAUUCUGACACACUCCUCUAUUUGUUUAAUUUAAAAAAAAAUCUGUAGAAAAAAAGUACUUUCAGAGGAAGCCUGUGGGACAUUGGGAGGGUUAAAAAGCAAAAAAAAAUUCAUCCUGUAUGUUGAAGUGUUGAUAUGAAUGGUUCAUAUUUGAGUGAAAGGCAAGAAUAUCCAAAAACCCCAUGACUUGAUCGUAAUGAAUAUUGGAGUUUUAUAAUUGGAUUUUAUAAAUUAACAUGACUUUUUGCAGGUCUAGAAAUCACACUUUUAAAUUAGGCUUCCUCAUAUAUUCAGAUUUUACAUAAUUGUAGGUAUGCUGGUUCUUUAAAUACAGUUGAAUUAGAACAAAAAUAUCUUAAUUUGUAGUUGUACUCAUUUUAGGUUUGGCUCAUAUUAAUUCUUCCUUUUCUAACUUUUGUGGCUAUAUUCCCUUUUUUUUUUUUUUUUUUUUUUUGCUUUGCUAGUGUUCCCUGGGCUUCCAAGUGCAAAAACAUAGUUGAGGAUGUGUAAAAAUUAUGUUUUGUGGCAACAUGACAAAUAGCUUAUCUUGUAUUGAAUUUGGAACACUCCAAUAUGUAUCAGUGGAUAAAUCACUCCUUCACUGUUUUCUGUGACCACACAGGUGUACAUGUAACUCUAUCCACUGUAGAAAGAACAUGGUGAGUUAUUUUUCAUUUAAGGUGCCAUCCACCUUCUGAUCGACUGCUUGUUUGGUGUAGAUGUGGUAAUGAAUUGUCGGGUGUCUGUGUAGAUUGUGACACAAAGGUCAGUGAUUGUUUUUGCUACAUGAACAAGGCUGAAUGAAUGUAACUGUCAAACACAUGCUUCUAAUGAAUCCAUUUUUAAAGUGUUAUGAUGUAAACGGGGUGCUCUCAAACUUACAAGUGAGCUUGCUUGUUUGCUUUUCUCAUUUUCGUCCCUCUUCUGUCUUUCCCGGUGUUCAUGUGUUUUCCGUCCCAUUUUUCUAGUACUCUUUGCUCUAUACAUAUACUGAGGCUGUGCCUCUUACAAUCAGUUCCUCCACUCUUAUUUUUACAUUUGUAGUUCAUUCACAUCAUUUUUGUACCCUGAGACAAUGACUGCUUUUUUACACUGUUCCACUUUCUCUCUCACUCUUUCGUUCUCUUACAUCCUGUUACCAUGGCGAUAGGCCUUCUGCCAUUAUGCAUUCUGUCAUGUGUUCCUCUCAGACAUGCAGUGAAACACACACACACUCACAUUCACAAUGCAACCAGGGAAUAAUAGAGUUUUUCAGGUCUCACACACACACACACACUCUCUCUCACACACACACAAAUGCACACACAAUCAGGCCUAUACAUGCAAGCAUACACACAACGCAUGUUUAUCAUUAUCCAGUGUUACUAAUGUGUAUAUCUAUGAUGCCUAAACAUGUUAUAUUGACACUAAAUGGAAAAAUAAAAGAGGCAAAUUGAGGAAUGUGGUUAAAGUAAUAUGACCUCUGUAUACCCGCUAAGAUUAUGCAGUUGUUGUUUUUUUUGUUUUUUUUUCAUAGUGUUGUUUCUCAGUCUCUCUGUCUGCUUCUGGGUAUUUAACACACACACACACACAUCUGAUAUGCUUAUAGUGAACUAACUUCAUCCAGCUAUGCAGCAUCAGACCUUAGAAGGACAAUAAUUGUGAAAGGCACUUUAAUCCAUUUUCACAGAAAUUAAGGCACUGUCUUAACAGGUUUUACAUCCUCUUGUCAUAGAACCUCUCACUAAAACAUCUGUGGAUAGAUGUGUUUUCAUGUUACAAACAGUGACAUCACCAGAGUGUGACAAAGUUUGAGCUGAUUGUGAGAGUGUAUGUAGAUUUUUAUCAGUGAUGUAGGCUCAAAAAAUGAAGUAAAAAAUGUUUUAUUUGAACUAACAAAUAAUAGAUAAAGGCUCAUAUUCACAGAAAUAUCUUGAAUGCUAAACAAGUAUUCCAUGCUUUCUUAUUCAUGUCAAAAAUAAAUAAAUUUUGGAAACAAAAAUAAUAAU